CGGUCCACCCCACAAGUGAAGCAAGAUAGUCAUCUAGAGAGAGAGAGGGGGAGAGAUGGGAGACGAUGGUGUGCGGCAGAUCGUCGAUGUGGCUCGAAGCCUCGCCGUUCUUGUUCGAACCAGCGGCCCUGAUCCGAGGGGUCGCAAGAUGCAUGGCCAUGCCUUCUAUCAUGCAGAGUCGGGGAAGACAACGUUAUCGUCGUCCGGGUUUCUGGUACCUGAAUCCUUGUCUCACCACUGCCCUGUUGUUGAACGCCUAAUUGGACAUGGAGGAAAGAGCCCGAUCAUGUCGGCACUAGUUGUUACUGCUGCAUCUGUGGUGGAACCUUUUGUUUCUACUGUGCACCAGGAUCGUGGGAUUCAAUCACAGGGGCCACCACAAUUGGUGCCUGGAUCGCAGAUUGAUGUGCUGAUCGAGGCCAGAAGGAAAGCACCAGAUAAAAAUGGUGGGAUGGAGCAUGAAGAUCCAUCAUGGCUACCAGCGGAGCUUCUUACAUUGGUGGACGUCCCAGCAUCAUCUAUUGCACUUACCUCCCUACUAAAAGGACAUGGUGGUUCUUGGGAGUCUGGAUGGUCAUUGGCAUCAUCAAAGAAUGUUCCCUACUCAAAUAUCAACUCCCUACAAGUUGAGGAUGAAGAAAGAGGCACACAUUAUUUGCAACAGAUUCAGAGUACAAGGGAUGCAGACAGCUUAAAAGAGCCAAGUAUUCUGGCCUCGACUACUACCAGGCUUGCUUUUCUCAUACUUGCUGGAAUGGACACCAAGGAUAGACCACAUGUCAAUAUUUCACUAAGCAACAAAAGAGGUGAUGUUCUUCUAGCUAUGGGCUCGCCAUUUGGGAUACUUUCUCCAUUACACUUCUUCAAUAGUGUCUCUGUUGGUGUGGUUGCGAAUUGUUGUCCAUCAGUUGCUUCAUGCAGCUCCCUGUUGAUGGCUGAUAUACGAUGCCUGCCUGGAAUGGAAGGUGGUCCAGUGUUUGGCAAGAAUGCAUGCCUUGUUGGCAUUCUAAUCAGGCCCAUGAAACAAUCUGCUGGAGGGGCGGAAAUUCAGCUUGUGGUGCCAUGGGAUGCCAUAGCUGAUGGUAUACACAGAAAACUUCAGAAGAAACUUGCAGGUGCCCAGUUGGAGUCAUCUAGCAAUACUGUCUCAAGUAGUGGACUCCGAGUGGACAUCACUAGUGAUUCCAUAGAAGCAUCAGAAGAUGCUUUUGUCACUAUUCAUCCUUCUUUAUUUCAGCUUCAAAAGGCUAUGGCAUCAGUUGUGCUUGUGACUGUUGGAGAUGGAGCUUGGGCUUCUGGCAUUAUACUAAAUUCCAAAGGUCUCAUACUCACAAAUGCUCACCUUUUGGAGCCAUGGAGAUUUAGAGAAAUGCUUCAAGUAAGUGGAAUUGCAAACAAACUGUGGACAUCUCCUAUUCUUUCUCAAACAGAAGAGCCAAGCGAUACAUGGAGAGAGAAUUUGAUGCCUGAGCCUGUUUUGAUGGAUGACUCUGGAGUUGAUGGGAUGGCAUAUGCAAGGAAUCCUACUUACCAGGGCUAUGGAAGGAUACGUGUUCGUCUAGAUCAUGACAACACAAAAGUGUGGUGUGAUGCAAGAACAGUAUAUGUUUCCAGAGGCUCUUUGGACAUUGCCUUGUUACAAAUAGAUUCAGUCCCAAAUUGUAUUUGUCCUGUGACUCCGGAGGUCGCAUGGCCAGAACCUGGAUCUAAAGCAUUUGUCAUAGGGCAUGGCCUUUUUGGACCUCGGUCAAAUCUUUGCCCAUCUGUUAGUUCUGGUGUGAUUGCUAGAGUUGUGAAGACAUCUCAUAAGGCAUUAGAAACUGGAGGUGGGAAACCUGUGCCUGCAAUGCUUGAAACAACAGCUGCAGUGCAUCCAGGUGGAAGUGGUGGCGGUGUUUUCAAUUCAAGGGGCCAUUUAAUUGGUCUUGUGACCAGCAAUGCAAGGCAUAGCCGUGGGACCAUAAUCCCUCACCUGAAUUUCAGCAUCCCCCUCGCACCUCUGGAACCAGUCUUUAGGUUCUCGUCAGACAUGCAGGAUAUGUCAAUAUUGCAGACUCUGGAAAGAUCAAAUGAAUUUGCGGCGAUUUGGUCACUGGUACCUCCACCGAAUGCAAGGCCUUCACUUCCAGAAUCUAUAUUGGACAAGCAGGAUGGACAAAAAGGAAGCCGUUUUGCAAAGUUCAUCAAGGAGCACCAUGCUGAAAAGCUUCUGCAACGUUCAUCGAACGGGCAAGGGCAUAUCAACGACGCUUCACAUAAUUUUAGGCACAGUAAAAUGUAAAUAGGAAAAUACUGGGAAUAACUUGUAGCGGUUCGAAUCUCGGGGUCUCAGAGAUUGGAUGAAAUCUGAAGGCUGCUUUGAGACCCUGUGUUUACCAUUGUCAAGAGAAUGUGCUCCUGGCUUCGUGUACUUUAAAAGGUUUUUUUUUUACUUAGUAUUAUCUUAAAUAUUAUGAAGGCAAAAUGUUAGGCCAGACUUGACCGAAAUUGUUGCGUUAUCAACAGUUUUUGGAGUGAUAUAUUUAUAAUACAAGUCAUCAACGUCAUUCAUACA